AUGGGCUGGGCGGCCGGCCUGCUGAGAUCCCUCCUCCUUCUCCUGAAUGUUGGAGGAGCUCAGGUGUUGGCAACGGACAAGUCCACUGGGACGGAAAUUGACAUCAAGUACGCCCUCAUCGGGACGGCGCUGGGCGUGGCCAUCUCGGCGGGCUUCCUGGCGCUGAAGGUCUGCAUGAUCAGGAAGCACUUGUUCGAUUACGACUCCUCGGACCUGAAGAUCACCAAUGCGGGAGGCAACGAUACCAUCGCGCCAAGGAAGAGAGCCUCAAGGUCAAAUCUCAACUUCUCUGAAAGAGAAGCACAAGUGAUCGAACUCUGA